AUAACCUCAUUUUUCUUGUUCCUGAACUGAUAAAUAUUUUCUCUAAGAUUUUCGAGGUGUUUUCCGUUUGUCUAGAAGAAACGCAAACAUCUGUAAUCAAAAUGAAUUUCCUGAACAUUACUACUGAUAUGGACUGGAAUUUAAUAAAAUGUAUUGGAUAUUUAUAUUCCGGUGAUUCUCUUACUAAAGAAAAUGCUACAGCUUUGCAAUCCUUUCUUGAAGAAUCCAUCAAAAAUAAGUACGGAAUUACCAAAGACUUCAGACACAUCGUUUCAAAUUGUAUUAAACCAGAGUGUAUUGAUAGAGUUGAAGAAUAUAAGCCUGUGAUCAAUAUUUAUGAGGAUAGUAAAGCAUCUAAUUCAGAUAAUGAAUUAGAAUUGGAUCUAUUGAAAGAAGAUCUCAUGUGUGUAGUUUGUGAUGGAAUGGAUGUUGCUGCGAAAAAUCAACUUCUGGAAUGUUCUCAUUGCCAUGCACUUUAUCAUCAGGAUUGCCAUGAUCCAAUUGUAACAUCUCAGGAUUCUUUUGAGAGUUGGGUUUGCUCUACCUGUAAGGAAAUUAGUAAAAAAACAAUAAUAUAUAGCGCACCUUCAAAUAAUGCUACCCCAAGUACUCCUCAAUCUGUACCUUUGGUGACUUCUUCAAAUUUGAAACUAACAAUUUCAAAGAGUCACAGACAUAGUAGCAGUUCUGACAACUAUAAAUCUUCGAGUGAUAAAUCUUCUAGUGGAAAUUCCUCAUCCUCCUCAAAAUCCUCCAGCUCUACAAUGUUGAAGUCCCAUUCAGGCGGCAGUUCGAGUUCAAGAAAUAUUACACCGAAUAUAAAUAUCAUCAGCGCUGACAAACGCAUACAAAAUAUGAAAAAGAAAGCUGCUAAGCUACAAGAGAAGAGGAAACUUCCAAAACUUUGUUGAUUGCAGCACCCAUUUGCAAGAUACUGAUGGUGAUUAAAAAAAAUUUGAACAAAAUACAUUAACGUUGACAUCAUUUUUGAUAAAAGUACAAGUAUUAGUGGCAUUGUAUAAGAGCGAGUUAUUAAAAUGAGCACUUGAGAAAAAUUGCCUGAAAAUAAUAUUUGAUACCUGGUACUUUUAUCAGCACUGAUCUUAAAGAAAAACGUUCUCUUUAAGAAGGGUAAAGAUACUAGUAAAUUAAUGUUAUGAAAUUAACAAUGUUGUUUUAAUUGUUUGCAUAUAUUAAUGAGAUCUUGAACUAAUUUCUUAUUGUAGAAUUUACAUGAUUCUCUUGUAGUGAUACUUCAAUAAAUUUAUUGGAUAAUUUUUAGUGA